AUGGAUUACUCGACGGCAGAGAAGAGCCCAAUCACCCCCAUGGUCGGCGAGCCCCAUGACAUGGAAGCAGACCUCAAGGAUGGCAGCUCCAACAACGACCUCGAGACACAGGAGGUCUUCCGCAAGGAAGAGGGAAAGGUCGACUUCCGCACCAUCACCUGGCAACGCCUGAUCAUUCUCCUUCUCAAGGUCCAAGUCUCCACUGGUGUCCUGGGUAUCCCGGGAGCCAUGGGAUCUCUCGGUGCCGUGCCGGGGGCGUUGGUCAUUGUCGGCUGGCAAGCCUUGAAUACCUAUACCGCAUGCAUCCUGAUCGAUUUCCGCAACAGGCACCCUCAAUGCCACACCCUCGUCGACAUGUGCGGCUUGAUGUGGGGAAGAAUCGGGCGUGAGUUCGUGGGGUUCAUAUUUGUGGUCGCCUUCGUGCUCUGCAGCGGAUCCGGACUGCUGGGCAUCUCGGUUGCACUCAACGCACUCAGCGAGCACGGCGCCUGUAGCGUGUGGUUCAGCUUCGUCGGCAUGGUCAUGAUCAUCAUGUAUUCGUCUAUCCGCACCUGGGACCGAAUGACCUGGCCCAUGACGGCCGGGUUCAUCUGCGUCAUGGCCGGUGUCCUGUCUGUCGUGAUCGGGGUGUCGCUGCGAGACCGACCCGCGGCCGCGCCACAGACCGGGCCCUUUGAGCUGGGAUUCCACGUCGUCGCGCACGCCGACUUCGCCGCCGGCAUUACCGCUUGUGCCACCAUCUUUGUCGCCUCCGCCGGAGGCCCUGUCUACGUCCCCAUCAUCGCCGAGAUGAAGCGGCCUCAGGACUACCGCAAGGCUGUGAUCCCCGUCGGCUUCAUCGUCGCCUCCAUUUACCUGGCCUUCUCCAUGGUCAUCUACUACUACUGCGGCGUGUGGAUUGCCACCCCGUCCCUCGGCAGCGCCGGUGUCCUGGUGAAGAAGGUCGCCUACGGCAUCGCCCUGCCCAGCUUGAUCAUCAGCGGCGGCAUCUUCAACCAUUCGGCCGCAAAGUAUGCCUUUGUCCGCCUGAUGCGUAACAGCCCGCAUUUCCAGUCCAACACAUGGCAACACUGGUCCACUUGGGUCGGUCUCAACAUCAUUUUCGGCUUCUUGGCCUUCGUUUUCGCCGAGGCGAUCCCCGUCUUCAACUACCUGCUUGCCUUGACCGGCUCCUUCGCCUUUGCGCCCAUGAGCUUGAUCUUUCCGGCCUUCAUGUGGAUGUACGACGAUGGCCGCCCGGCACUUGCCCGGGGCUGGACUGGAAAAUUGGCGUGGGCCUUUCACAUCUUGAUCCUGCUCAUUGGAGCUUUUCUGGUCGUGGGCGGAAUGUGA